AGUCCCGCGACGUCCUCUGCAGCAGGGAAGUGACAGCAUUUGCUCGGGUGGAUAGUCGACCCCUCUGCGGCUCUGGCUGUUGGUGAUAAAGCCUCCAGUUACACGCAGAUGGGGCACCCAAAGUAAUAUAUCCUGCAGCCCCCAAAUAGCACUUGUCUUUUGUCAUUUUUCCAGGGAGCAACCAUGUCACCGUUUCUUCGAAUCGGCCUGUCCAACUUUGACUGUGGGUCCUGCCAGUCUUGUCAGGGCGAGGCGGUUAACCCCUACUGCGCCGUGCUUGUCAAAGAGUAUGUUGAAUCAGAGAAUGGGCAGAUGUAUAUCCAGAAAAAGCCUACCAUGUACCCACCCUGGGACAGCACUUUUGAUGCCCACAUCAACAAGGGAAGGGUGAUGCAGAUCAUCGUGAAGGACAAAAAUGUGGACCUCAUAUCUGAAACCACCGUAGAGCUCUACUCGCUGGCCGAGAGGUGCAGGAAGAACAACGGGAAGACGGAGAUAUGGUUAGAGCUGAAACCUCAAGGCCGAAUGCUAAUGAAUGCAAGAUACUUUCUGGAAAUGAGUGACACAAAGGACAUGAGUGAAUUCGAGGCAGAAGGCUUCUUCGCGCUGCAUCACCGCCGAGGAGCCAUCAAACAGGCCAAAGUCCACCACGUCAAGUGCCACGAGUUCACCGCCACCUUCUUCCCGCAGCCCACAUUUUGCUCUGUCUGCCACGAGUUUGUCUGGGGCCUGAACAAACAGGGCUACCAGUGCCGACAAUGUAAUGCAGCAAUCCACAAGAAGUGCAUUGAUAAAGUUAUCGCUAAGUGCACAGGAUCGGCCGUCAAUAGCCGAGAAACCAUGUUCCACAAGGAGAGGUUCAAAAUCGACAUGCCGCACAGAUUCAAAGUCUACAACUACAAGAGCCCAACCUUCUGCGAGCACUGCGGGACCCUGCUGUGGGGACUGGCGCGGCAGGGGCUCAAGUGCGAUGCAUGUGGCAUGAACGUACAUCACAGGUGCCAGACGAAGGUGGCCAACCUUUGUGGCAUAAACCAGAAGCUAAUGGCUGAGGCGCUGGCGAUGAUCGAGAGCACCCAACAGGCUCGCUGCUUAAGAGACACUGAACAGAUCUUCAGAGAAGGUCCAGUUGAAAUUGGUCUCCCAUGCUCCAUCAAAAGUGAAGCGAGGCCGCCAUACUUACCCACACCUGGAAAGAAAGAGCCUCAGGGAAUCUCCUGGGAGUCUCCGUCAGACGAGGUGGAUAAAACGUGCCAUCAUCCGGAACCUGAACCGAACGUAGAAAGACCAUCUCUCCAUAUGAAACUAAAAAUCGAGGAUUUUAUCUUGCACAAGAUGUUGGGGAAAGGAAGUUUCGGCAAGGUCUUCCUAGCAGAGUUCAAGAAAACCAAUCAAUUUUUCGCAAUAAAAGCCCUAAAGAAAGAUGUGGUCUUGAUGGAUGACGAUGUUGAGUGCACGAUGGUGGAGAAGAGAGUCCUCUCGCUGGCCUGGGAGCAUCCGUUCCUGACGCACAUGUUCUGCACGUUCCAGACCAAGGAAAACCUCUUUUUUGUGAUGGAGUAUCUCAACGGAGGAGACUUAAUGUACCACAUCCAAAGCUGUCACAAGUUCGAUCUCUCCAGAGCCACGUUUUAUGCUGCCGAAAUCAUUCUUGGUCUGCAGUUCCUCCACUCCAAAGGAAUCGUCUACAGGGACCUGAAGCUGGAUAACAUCCUGCUAGACAAGGACGGACACAUCAAGAUAGCAGAUUUCGGAAUGUGCAAGGAGAACAUGCUGGGAGACGCAAAGACGAACACCUUCUGCGGGACGCCCGACUACAUCGCCCCUGAGAUCUUGCUGGGUCAGAAAUACAACCACUCUGUUGACUGGUGGUCCUUCGGAGUUCUCCUGUACGAGAUGCUCAUCGGGCAGUCGCCCUUCCACGGGCAGGACGAGGAAGAGCUCUUCCACUCCAUCCGCAUGGACAAUCCCUUCUACCCACGCUGGCUGGAGAAGGAGGCCAAGGACCUUUUGGUGAAGCUCUUCGUGCGAGAACCCGAGAAGAGGCUGGGUGUGCGGGGAGACAUCCGCCAGCACCCUUUGUUUCGGGAGAUCAACUGGGAAGAACUUGAGCGGAAGGAGAUCGACCCACCAUUCCGGCCUAAAGUGAAAUCACCGUACGACUGCAGCAACUUCGACAAGGAAUUCUUAAACGAGAAACCCCGGCUGUCGUUCGCCGACCGAGCCCUGAUCAACAGCAUGGACCAGAACAUGUUCAGGAACUUUUCCUUCGUCAACCCGGGCAUGGAGCGGCUCAUCUCCUGAACCUCGCCUCCCCAGGAACGCGAAGGCAUUGGCCUUCUCUCUGGGAACUGGUCCAAGACUGACACUUCUUGGGUUCCUUUUUCAACUUGGAAAAGAAAAGAAACACUCAACAGUAAAGGCCGAGACCCGUUAGCCCCUCGCCCGACCGUUUACCUGUAGCAGAAACCAACUCUACUUCACUAAAGACUGCGCCCUGCGUUGUAGCUCUUGGCACGUUUCCCGACACUCUCCAAGUUAGGUCGUGACUAACCCUAGUUGUUUACUUGAACGAUGGUUCUCCACACUGGGAAAUUUGAAAACUCAAUACUGCUCUCAAUGGUGGCUCUUCACUCGGGCCCCAACUGCUGAGCAAUGGGAUGUUCCGCGAAUGGAGGAGCAAACUGAACACAAAUGUCUCCAGACUGAAACAGCCCGUCGCCUGGCGUACCUGGUGGCGCAUCUCACGCAGCCUCAGACGAGUAACCACUCACCCGUUUUAUCCUGUUUAUAUCUGUGGAAGUGUAAAUGGCUAGGGGGACAGCCCUGAAUAGGUUUUUAUGGGAAUUCUUCACAAUAAACAUAGCUUGUAACUUAAGAUUUACAAAUCCAUUCAUUCUGAUUAGCUGUGAAAUUCACGGGAGAGAGGAAAAUGGAAAAACGGGAAAAGCUUCCCUGAUUGGGAAGUUUGGCUAGAACACCUACGCUGGUUCUCUUGUCAAGAUAGACCUCAAAUUUAGAGUUCAACAAAGAUAGUGUCACUUCCCUCUUGCCAGGAAAACCUUUCCAUCCAUCCAUUGUUCUUUGACCUCAAUAUCAGCGCAGUCAUUCAUUACCGUCCUCACAUGGUGAGGAGAAGAAAAGGAAAAGUGCAUGAUUCUUCGGAGAGAAAAGAAAACCAACCCCUGGUCAUACCAUGACUGACGAUUUGAUGACUCGUAAGCCCCUCCUGAGGCAUCAUUCAAGACAAACACUCCAUGCCUGCUACUGGCUGUGGUCAAUCGUGUUGAAUUGGAAUUCUAACUAUGUGUUUUUAAAGUAUCUGUGCUGUUUGUAUAUUUUGAUUAAAUGUUGUGACUUAAUGAGAAAGAGGUGGAUGUGUAAAAAUGGAAU